AUGUGUUCCCACGUGAGAGCAAAAUCCGAAGGGCUUCUUGAUGGCUCUCUUGUGAUAAUCACCUCCCUCGUCGUGCUUGCAUCUCUAGCAUUUUUGCAGUACCGCUCGACGCCCCCGUUUCCUGUGAUCAACGUGAGAAAGAAAGAUUGGACUUUGAGCAAUGGGAGAAAUUGUUUCCUAACGAAUGCGGCCGACCUCUUGCUCGAAGGUCAAAGACAGACUGAUGGCCCGUUUUGCAUUAUCACCGAUCGAAAAACCAUGACAUACCUUCCACCACAUUAUGCGGAGUAUAUCAAGAAUGACCGACGGUUCAGCUUCACGGAAUACGCGCACCGAGACAUGAUGGGCUAUUUGCCAGGAUUUGAUGCUUUCGGGUCCUUACUUAAGUCCGGGAUUCUCAUUGAAAUAGUUCAGAAGAGACUAUCCCCGAUGAUUGACAAGAUGAGCGGCAUUCUUUCCAACACCAUGGAUGAAGCCCUUCAAAGCCAAUGGAGUGAAGAAACAGAAUUUCAUGAGAUUCCCCUUCACGCAACCGUAUUGGCAAUGGUUUCCAGAGUGACCGGACGAGUCUUCGUCGGUGCCGAAUUAUCCAACAAUCCAGACUGGUUGCGACUCAGUGUCACCUAUACGGUGAAUGCAUUCAUGGCGUCCAAGGAACUCGGAAAGUAUUCGUGGCCCGUACGUUGGAUCGUUCAAUGGUUCAAUGUUCGCGCGCAGCAGGUUCGAGCUUCUCUCAAAGAAGCACGACAGAUCCUUACACCUAUUCUCGCCCAGCGGGCGCAGGAAAGAGCCGCAAAUGGAGGCAUGAGCACAACGGAGGAUGCCAUUGAGUGGCACCAGCAAUUGGUGGGGGACAGAAAGUCCGACGGGGUGGUCGUUCAAGUAGGAUUGGCCCUGUCUGCUAUUCACACUACGGGAGAUCUGCUUUUUAAAACCAUCGGCCAGCUUGCUCAUCACCAGGAGGUCAUACCGGCAGUACGCAAAGAGAUUGCGGACGCUAUAUCAACGCAUGGGCUGAACAAGACCGGUGUUUAUCAUAUGCAGCUUCUAGACAGCAUCAUCAAGGAGACGCAGCGCCUGGAUGCAGUGGCACUGGCCAUCAUGAACCGGUACGCGACCGAGGAGGUCGAAUUGCCGAACGGGGUGACAAUUCCCAAGGGAUCCCAGACUUCAGUUAUCACGGAUAUCAUGCGCAGUGAGAAGACUUAUGAGAACGCCAAGGAGUGGGAUCCGUAUCGCUUCUAUAACAUUCGGCGAAGUGGCCAGGAGCAAAAGGGUCAACUAGUCUCUGCGACAGCGGAACAUUUCGCCUUUGGUUUUGGCAAGCAUGCGUGUCCCGGACGGUUUUUUGCAGCACACGAACUCAAGAUUAUGCUGGCGCAUAUUUUGUUGAAAUACGACUUUGAAUAUAUUGGAACAGACCGGCCUAAGGUUAGAGUGGUCGGGACCGAUGUUCUUGCAGAUAAUAGUCCCAGGAUGCAAGUGCGCCGUCGACAUGACUAUGUGAUUCCGAGGGCAACGGAUGAGACAGCUUAG